AUGCAUCUCCUCGGCCCCUCGCUCCUGCUCCUUGUGUGGUGGGUUCCAGAAUACUUGGCCUUCUCUGACUCAACUAAAUGGAGCUUUGAGCACCCCCACACUCUCUACAGCUGGGAUGGGGCCUGCGUCUGGAUUCCCUGUCAAUACACAGCUCCACUGCGUAGAGAUCAGCUGGACAACCUGAUCUUGUACAGCAACUAUGAAUAUGACGACACCACCAAGAACUUCAAGGGGCCCAUUCUCUAUGAGAAAACAAAGUCUUUGGGGGAUGACCAUACCCCAGAGAGGGUUCAGUUCCUGGGAGACCAAAGAUCCAACUGCACCAUAAGCAUUAACCCUGUGUUGGAAAAAGACAAUGGCUGGCUGGGGCUGAGGUUGACAACGAAGGCUGGCAAAUGGAUGGAGAAAAUAGACCUCAACGUCUCUAAGACACCCCUGUCACCUCACAUUCAGCUCCCUCCAGAAAUCCAGGAGUCCCAGGAAGUCACUCUGACUUGCUUGCUGAAUUUCUCCUGCCCUGGGUACCAGAUCCAGCUGCAGUGGUCCGUGGAGGAGCCUGCCGUCACCUUGACCUCCCUGACCACCAAGACUGUCUCCACCCAGAGCAAGCUCACCUUCCAGCCGCAGUGGACGCACCACGGCAAGAAUCUGACCUGCCAACUCUGGGACCCCAAAGUAGAGCGGAUCCUCUCCGAGGAAACGGUGUUGCUGGAUGUGAAGCAUGUCCCAAAGUUGAAGAUUGAGGUCAGUCCCGAAGGAGCCAAUGUAACAGAGGGAGAGUCUGUGACCAUGACCUGCCAGGUCAUCAGCAGCAACCCAGAGUUCCGGAGUAUAGCCUGGCUCAAGGAUGGGACCCGGCUGAGGGAGCAGGAGACACUCACGUUAACUCUGUCCUCUGUGACCAGGAAGAUGAGUGGAGAGUACCAGUGUGAGGCCUUCAAUGAUCUAGGCUCAGGACAGUCGGAUGAAGUGUUCCUCCAAGUGUACUAUGCUCCGGAACCUUCCAGGGUUGAGAUCUUCUCCUCGCCAGCUAAGGAGGGAAAUAAAGUAGAGAUGACUUGUACGUCACUGGCCAAUCCUCCUCCAACCAAUUACACCUGGUAUCACAAUGAAUUAAAAGUGCCAGGAAUGACAAACAAGACCUUCCAGAUCCCAGAGGUCUUCUUCAGCCAUGCUGGGCAGUAUUCCUGCUUGGCAGAAAACAGACUUGGUCCUGGACCAAUUGGCCAGGAGACUGAGUUAGAUGUCCAAUAUGCACCCAAGGAGGUAACCACAGUGAUUCAAAACCCCACACGGAUUCGAGAAGGAGACACUGUGACCCUGUCAUGUAACUACAGUUCCAGUAAUCCCAGAGUUACCCGAUAUGAAUGGAACCUCCAAGGCUCCUGGAAGGAACAAUCACCCGGGGUGCUGAUAAUUCAAAAAGUUGCCUGGGACGCCAGGCCGAUUGCCUGUGCAGCCUGUAACCAGUGGUGUUCAUGGGCUCCCUCUGUCAACUUGGAUGUCCAGCAUGCCCCCAAGGAUGUCAGGGUCCAGCAGAUCAGCCCCCCUUCUGAGAUUCACUCCGGGCACCGAGUCCUCCUUGGAUGUAACUUCUCAAGUAGCCGCCCCAGAGAUGUCCGCUUCUUCUGGAAGAGAAAUGGAAUCUUUCUGAAGGAAGGAAAAGAACUGAGCUUUGACUCCAUCUCUCCAGAAGAUGCCGGCAAUUACAACUGCUUCAUCAACAACUCCAUAGGACAGACCAUGUCUGAGGCCAGGAGGCUCCAAGUGCUGUAUGCACCAAGGAUGCUGCGUGUGGCCAUCAGCCCAAAGGACCAAGUGAUGGAGGGGAAGAAGGCAGUCCUGACAUGUGAGAGCGAUGCCAACCCUCCCAUCUUCCAGUACACCUGGUUUGACUGGAAAAACCAGAACCUCCACCAUUAUGAUCAGAUGCUGAGAUUGGAUCCCGUGAAGAUCCAGCACUCAGGCGCCUAUUGGUGUGAGGCAACCAACCAGCUGGGCAGGGUCCAGUCGCCCCCCAGCACCCUCACUGUCUACUACAGCCCCGAGACCAUCGGCAGGCGAGUGGCUGUGGGAGUGGGGUUCUGCCUGGCCACCCUACUCCUGGUGUUCUGGGGAGUCAAACUUCAGCGAAGCUGGAAGAGGAUACGGAGCCAGCAGGGGCUCCAGGAAAGUUCCAGUGGGCAGAGCUUCUUUGUGAGGAAGCAAAAGGUCAGAAGGGCCCCGCUCUCCGAAGACCCCCACUCCCUGGGGUGCUACAAUCCGGUGAUGGAAGAUGCCAUCAGUUACGCCACCUUGCGCUUUCCUUUCGGCGAGACUGACACACCAAGAACUGGAGAUGCAGGGACCCUGGAGACAGAGAGACCUUCUCCAAACAGGGACGACACCGUCACUUACUCUGUCUUGCAGAAGUGUCGAGAGGGCGACUAUGAGAACGUGCUUCCAGACAGUCCAGAAGAUGAGGGGAUACAUUACUCAGAGCUGGUUCAUCUUGGGUUGGGGAAGCGGCCUGUGGCCCAGGAAGCCGUGGAAUACGUGACCCUCAAGCACUGA